AUGAUGUUGAAAUUUGAGUUGGUCUGUCUUUUGAAAUUAUGUUUGGUCUCUAUGAUUCAAAGUCAGAAGUACCUAGAAUGCACUUUUGAUCGAGGUGAUUUGCCUUGUAAACUUAUUCCAGUUGGAAUGAAUCCUCCAUUGCAAACCAUAAGUUAUAUCACCGUGGACGAUCCAUCAGUGAAACUAUCAAUGCCAUUGUCGGAUGUGACAUCUAUUACUGCACCGACUAUUGGGAAUAAUUUAACAUGUCAAAUACCAUAUCAACUUGAGAGUACUACUGAACAGAUCUACUUUUGUUCUCGAUUGAAGGACUCCUCGAAACCAGCUAGUUGUAUCACAACGGAUUCCACUGAUCAAGAAUGUUUGCUUGGACAGUAUGUUCUGGCUCAACUAGUUCCCGGAGAAACUCUGGCUUACUUCAUUGAAGUACGAAGCACAAGAGGUCCAUCUUGUUUGAGUUUCUACUAUUAUAUAACAAAUUCCAAUGUUGCCCAAAUCCUUGUUCAAUAUUCUGACAUUACUGGAAGUAGUACAGAACAGAUUGGAAAAGCAUCCAAGGUGUUAUUCAAUGGUUGGCAUUUGACAAAUUUUAGUUUUCAACCACAAAUAAACGACUAUCACUUGAUCCAUAACUUUUGCACUUAUUUAGAGUCAGACACUGUCGUUACUUCUACCACUACAAUGGAUCAAACAACACAAAUGACUUCACAGAAAGUCACGAGUACAACCAAAGAAUCAUCUGUACCAUGGACACAAACAUUCAGUACAGUGACUACGUCAACAGUCACAACGACACAAUUAUCAUCUGAAACAUCAUUAGAUUUAACUAAUUCAACAAUCACAGUUUCUAGUACUACAUCUAAAAUUCCUUUUCGUCCAUUAUUUCAAUGUGACUUCACCACAACAUGUUUUGGAAAGAACAUGAUAACACUUACGAAUGGUAGUGAAUUCAAUCCGACAAGUCUAUCGUCGAACUCUGAACCGCCUCGAGUGCCCACUUCAGAUAUAACGUCCAUUACUAGACCAACAAGUAACAAUCAACUAUGUGCUAUACCUUAUCGACCUCAACUGGACGACAGCAACGCAACUACUUCUUGGAAUAUGUGGUUCUGUUAUAAAAAUCAGUGCCCUUUACCGAAUGGACAAACUGCAGUGUGUACAUCGGGCUUCUACGGUCUUAUUUCUCUUGAUCCAUCGGAAAAAUCGAAAACAGUAAUCGAUCCACUUGUACCCGAUGUGACAAUGCGUGAUGCAUCUGGUGAUCAAUGUCUCCGAUUUUAUUAUUAUUUCACUGUAUAUGAUGAUUACAACUGGGAUCAACAUAUUCAGUUAUGGAUUAGACCUAACAAUCACAGUGAUAUUCGAUAUUCCAUUGGAAAUCUGACAGUGAAUGAUAUGAAAUACAAUGGUUGGCAUUUUCAUUAUAUAACAUUCAAAAGACAAUCAUCCGGUGAUACGUUACAAUUUGAUUUCGCAGUUGCGAAUAACAGUCAAGCAAACAAUAUUCUGACGAAUAGAACAAUAUAUUUUGCAUUAGAUAACAUUGAACUGUAUGACUACAAUUGUUCAUUUGUCAACGAUCAACUUCCACAAACGACCACUUUGCUGCCUGUUACAACAACAAGGCAAGAAGCAACUCCUCCGCUUCCCAUCCAUGAUAAGCCAAACUUAGGACUCAUUCUUAGCCUUUCGUUAGGCGUCGGCAUUCCUGUAGUGUUACUUACUGUUAGUGGCGUUUUAUUCUAUGUGAGGAAGCGUCAAGAUGCCAAAAAGUUAGAUUUCAUUGAAAUGGAUGGUUCAAUUUGUGAGGAUGAUAGCAAUGAUGAUUCAAUUUCUCUUUCCAAUGCGUUCUGA